AAUGGAGAUUGAAAAAUCAUUUGCAAAAUAUGCUCAUUAUACAGUCAAAUAAACUCUUGGCAAAGGAGCUUAAGGAAAGUAAUUAAUCAUUUUAUUUCUUAGAGUUAAAUUAGGUUUAGAUGGAGAUAAAGAAGUAGCAUUGAAAUUUGUUUAAUUUUCAAAAGAAAUUGAAAAAGAAAUGUAAAUUCAUAGAGGAUUAAAUCAUAAAAAUUUGAUUAAACUAUUAAAUUUUCAUGUGAAUGAAGAAUACACUAAAAGAAGUGGAAAGAAAGAAAUAAAAUCUUGUUUAGUUUAUGAUUAUAUGAAAGAUGGAGAAUUGUAUGAAUACUUAUCAUAAACUGGACCAUUCAAAGAAGAAACUGCUCGUACAUUCUUUCAUUAACUUAUUGAUGUUUUAUCAUAUUUACAUGGUUAAGGUCUUGCUCAUAGAGAUUUAAAGCCAGAAAAUAUUUUAUUUAAAGAUGGACAACUUAAAGUAUCUGAUUUAGGAUUUGCUACAUUUGUUGGAGGAAAUUAAGGAGAUGGAGUAUUGGCAUCUUUUAAAGGCACUAUUAGUUAUAUGGCUCCAGAAAUAUUAGUUAGAUAAAAAUAUGUUGGAUAAAGUGUUGAUAUAUUUGCUGCUGGUAUUAUUUUAUAUCUAAUGAUGACUGCUCAAUUACCAUUUAAAUAAGCAAAUGCUAAAGAUUAAUUGUAUAAUCUUAUUUGUACAAAUCGAUUUGAUUAAUUUUGGGCUUAUAAAGAGAAAUCUGGUAUUCCAAGAUUCUCUAAUGAACUUAAGACUCUCAUUAAUUCUAUGCUUGCUUUUGAUCCAUUAUAAAGACCAACUCUUUCUGAAAUUAUUAGUACUUCUUGGUAUUAAGGAGCCACCAUUAGCAAUGAAAUAGUUGUUAAACUGCUUAAUGCACGUAAAUUAAAAAUUCAAGCAUAAUAAGAUAAAGAAAACUUGUAGAAAUUGCUUGACAAAUAAAAAAGAUAAGCAGCUAACUAAAAUUAAUAAUGUAUGUGUCUAAUUUUUAAUUUAGUAACUGUUGGAAUUGGAAAUUUCAAAAGAGGAGAGGAAGACAUUACUAUUGAUUUAACAAUAAAAAGAGAGUUAAAACGAUUUAAAUAGACAGAUGUAAUUUUACCAUUUGAACCUAAUCAAAUAUUUGUGAAACUCAUUGAAAAUAUGGAUAAAUUUGCUAAUAAGAUUAAUUAUGUAGAUGAUAAAAAAUAUAGAGUAUUAUUAAUAUUGAUAUAUUAGCUUCAUUACUGGUUUUUAUAAAAUAAUGAAGAAUUUGAAAUGGCCAUAUAAUUAGUUCAUGGACCAGUUGAAUUUACUGUAGGACUUGAUUUUGAAUUAAUUAAAGGAAAUGGAUUGGAAUUUUAUCAAAAAAAAUAAUAAGUAGAAGAUAUGCUAUUAUAAAUAGAAUGA